AAAAAGGGUUAAGACCUUACAGGAAUAUCAUUACUUUAAGAGGAUUACUAUCGAUGACAGGUGAUCAAUCACCCAUCUCAAAGAAGGUAUCGAGAGCAGUGAUACAAUGCAAUACCGGAAUAGUACAGUAGUUGCUAGCUGAGCGCGGAGCGUUUAAGACGCAGUUUUAGUUUUUUAUGAAUGUUAGAAUUGAUGUGGAAAGUGUGUGUUGGAUAUUAUUAAAAGCGGAGCAGUGCGAGAAUCGCUCAACAAGAUAAGCACCGUUUUCUUCCGUCCCGUUUCCGUUUCCGGUUUUGGGAAAAUUGCAACGCCUUCGGGUUGCCCCAGUUCCAGGGCUUAAUCCCUUUUUAUUUUGCGUUGCAAUUUCGGUUCUCCUCGCACGUAACGGUUCUUUUUGGCCGCCCUUUCACACACAGCGAAAAAAAGAGGGGAAAAUCAAAUAACAGAGGAGACCGCAAUAUACGAAUAUAUAUAGGCGUGUGUGUGUGAAAUUACGGUACUCUACACUGGCCGUAAAUAGUGAAAGUCAAAACUUAUUAUUUAAAAAAAGCUGAAGUGAAUACAGUGUUAGUAACUAAAAAAGAACCAAAAAUAAAUAAACAAGAAAACAUAACAAAAAAAAUACAAAAGGUAUAAUAUUACACUAAAAAAAAAAAACAAAAAACCAAUAAAAGUUUUCGAAUUCUAAAAAGAAACUAAAAAAAAUAAAAACCCUAUUUUAUCCUAACUUAAAAUUAGUUCCUAAGAAACUAAGCGAAACGUGCCGAGCAAUUUUUUAUACCCAAACUCGAGCCACGAAAGCUUUAUCCAAUCUCGAUCUGUGGGCUAUGUUUACCACCCGAUUAUCCGGUGACAUGAAGAUCUUUCCCGCAGAUGUUGCCGAAAGCAGCGCAACAGCAACAUGCAACACGCCCGUGCAGCAGCAACAGCAGCAACUCGAGUUCCGGUCACGAAUCUCCUCGGGUUCGCCGAGUUCUAAGCCGGGUCAAUGCCAUCUUAAGUUCGGGAAGUACAACAAUAAGACGGCCAAUCUGCUGCGCCAGAUGAACAGUUGUCACAACAGCAACAGUAGCAACAACAACAACGGUAGCGCCACUAGUAGUUCUAGUAGCAAUAGCAACAGUAGCAACAGCAACAACGAGGCCAAGGGACAACAGCAGCAGCAUCUGCAUUACUGCAACAACAGUCACUCAUGGGCCCGUAAAAAAUACUUUGGCCAUAGUAACAGCAACAAUAGUUUGCAGCAGCAGCAAUCGUCGUAUUACCAGCGACAGCAGCAGCAACAAGAGCAGCAAUCUUUAAACAACAACAAUGUGUUGAUGAAAAAUCAAAAUAUCAUUCAAUCACAAAUGUCUGAUUCCAAAUCCACCGACAGCAACAAUAACAAUAGCAGCAGCAACAACAACAGCAGCAGUAACAACAUGAACAGCACUAACAGAAUUCCAGCUAAGCCAGCUAAGUGGCUUUACGACAACACCAGCAGCAACAAUAAUAACAACAGUAUUGCUUGCAGAAAUAACCACAAUACGAUUAGCACUAAGAAACGCAACUCAAUAUCAGCAGAUGCAACAGAUACGUAUUAUCGCAAAGGUUCCGAAUCGGGAAGCUCUGAAGCUGCAGCAGAUUCGAAGGAAACGAAUGCAUCAGCAACAGGUUCCAGCAACAUAAGUCCCCCAACAAUAGAUUCGAGCACAGGAAGUGGUAGUGAAUCGUCAAUGGAUAAGACUCAGGAUCAGGAUCGGGACCAAACGGGCAAGCACCAGCGAUCCCGACAACAACCUCUUAGUUUCUGGAAGACCAAUUAUUCGCAGACAACAGCCAGCCAGCUCAAAGAUAAAGAAACGGUGGCAGCGGUUGUAUCAGCGGCCGCUGUAGCAGCAUCGGAGCAGCAGCAGCAACAGCAGUCAUUGUCAUUGGAGCACAGGAGAAACACGGGUUACCAGCAGAAUCAGCAGCACAAUUACUAUCAAUAUUACUAUUCACAGCCCAAGCAGUUGACCAUAGCCUCAUUCCUGCAAAAGGAACUUUUGCCUGACACUACCGAAAAGUCCAGCCAACAGAGCAGCAGCAAUACGGGUAGUAGCAACAGCAAUACGGGUAGCAGCAACAGCAAUACGGGUAGCAACAGCAACAAUACGGAAAGCAGCAGGAAUAUGAUCAGCGGCAGCAACACUAACAGCAGCACCAACAGCAGCACUAACAGCCACACCAACAGCAACAACAACCACAACUCCAAUAACAACACCAAUUGUAACACCAACAGCAGCAGCAAUUCUGUGAGCAGCAACGGCAACAACAAUCAUAACUACACUCGGCAGCAUUAUGGUCACCAGUCGAUGGGAUCUAGCUAUCAACAGCAGCAGCAGCGGUACCGUAAUGCUCAGAAUGUCUACCAGCAAUACCAGCAGCAGCAGCAUCAUUCGCACCAGCAAGGGAUGGGCAAUUCGCACUUCCGCCGGAAGCACAGCGAUAACACCAACAAUAAUAGUGGUAUUAACAAGAAGAUGCAUUACAGUCCAUUAGGGAAGAAUGGCGAUCUGCCCGAGAGAUCCUCCUCCGGACAGCAACAGCAGCAGCAUCACCAUCCACAUCAGCAACAGAAGGCGAUUGAGAUCCUGGCCAGCAGCAAUUUUAACGCCAUGCAUCGCAGGAUGCAGGGUGGCAAUAAUAAGAACGGAUACUAUAACCACAACUACCAUCCGCUGACGGGCGAGCCCGGAUCUACGCCCACCCGUUCCGAACAUCAGAACAUCUACAAUCUCACCUACAUCCACGUGGACGUUGACUCCCCUAGUGAUGCUGGAGCCGCUAAUGCAACAGGAUCAACUCCAGUGGUCAAGCCCCCGGUGCUUAACAAGCCGAGCAUUUCAAUAACCCCAGCUUCGAUUACCACGCCAACUUCGAUGGACAGAGCAAUGCCUCCGGCAGUUCACCCCGUAUCAGCUCCAAUAUCCGGUCCCAUGUUACCGGCAACAGCAAACCAUGUUCGCAAUAUGUUUCCACCGCCACCGCUGGCCAUGAUUGGUGGCCACGGGCUGCUAUCCCCUGUGACCACGACCACACCCACGAAAAUGAUAAGCUGCGCCCAGCUGGAUGAGGCCAUAACGGCGGCGGCGGCCAGUGGUGACAAGUCGGCCACCAGUCCAAGCUAUAAUCAGGCAGGGCCCUUUAUUGUACCGCCCCAGCAGCAGCAGAAGCCUUCGCAUCUAAUCCCGACCAGCACCAAUUCACAUCCUCCACCGCCACCACCGCCGCAAUUAUUCUUUCACUUUGCCGAUGGGUUUGGCAAUCCGGGACACGGUCAUCAGGCACAUCCACCUCCUGUGUGGCAGCAUUCAAACUCGCCCUGCUACCAGGCUCCUUAUGGAUCUAACUGCAGCAUGAGCGGAAAUGGAGCCGGAAACUCGCCUCACAACAAAGAUGGGAAUACGGUAGGAAUGCGAUCCGUCUCGCCUGCCCUUUCUGUAUCCUCACUAAGCAGUGAAUCCCACUGGAGCGCCACGAGCAACAGGAGUCGCUUAAGUCAUGGAGGCCACCUCUCAAUUUCGCCCACUCCUAGCGCUGUGGGAUCUGCCCAGUUGUCUCCGCAUAUGGUUGAGAUGGGUGUUCAUCAUCAGCUGCACCAGCCGCAUCCUCCACUGCUUUCCAACCACCAUCACCAUGGACAUGGGAUGAACUCAUAUGUCCCACACCGCCAUAUACCCCCGCCACCACCAUAUCCGGCCAUCUCUUCGCCUACCCCAACGUCAAGUGCUAUGGGAAUCGGAGGAGGAGGAGUCCCCCCUCCCUGGUACGAGCUGCUUCUACCGCCGGAUCGUUACUUGGCCCAGGCUAGAAACAUUGAGGUCGCCGUUCAGCCAGAAAAGCUCAUCUGCCUGUGCAAGUAUGACAAUCUAUCGGCUGAAAUCUGGAAGAGAUUCCGGGGAGCCCAGCAGACACACAAGAAGUUCAAGCUCAAAAUGCGUCUCUGGCGGUACUUGUUCCUUUGGAUGAAUCAACCCAUGUUUGAGAGGUAUCGCAUCUGCUUGGUUGGAUCAACAAUCACGGGCUUCGGAACGGACUCCUCUGACAUAGACAUGUGCUUGCUGCCCGAGCAGGGGGUACAUCCUCAACAGCAUCACUACCAUCAUCACCAUCACUUCCACAACGAGAAGCGAACUGAGGCCCUGAUCAUUCUCACAUUGUUUAACUCAGUGUUGAAGGACACGGAGGUUUUCCAGGACUUUAAUCUGAUUGAGGCGAGAGUACCGAUUCUGCGCUUCAAGGAUAUAACAAAUGGAAUCGAAGUCGAUUUAAAUUUCAACAACUGUGUGGGUAUUAAAAACACAUAUUUGCUGCAACUUUACGCCCAAUUGGAUUGGCGGACACGACCGUUGGUGGUGAUUGUGAAGCUGUGGGCCCAGUACCAUGACAUUAAUGACGCCAAACGAAUGACCAUUUCCAGCUACUCGCUGGUGCUAAUGGUGCUACAUUAUCUACAGCACGCCUGUGUGCCUCACGUCUUGCCCUGCCUGCAUAACCUGUAUCCGGAGAAGUUCCAGCUGGGACAACUGGACUGUCUGGACCUGGACCUCAUCGAACCGAUCGAGCCCUACAAGGGUCUUAACACCCAGACGCUCGGUGAGCAUCUUCUGGGUUUCUUCAAGUACUAUAGCAGUUUCGAUUUCCGAAACUUUGCCAUCUCUAUACGAACUGGUGGUGUCCUCCCAGUGUCCACAUGUCGAAUGGCCAAAAGCCCCAAGAACGAUGUCUACCAAUGGAAGGAGCUCAACAUCGAGGAGCCUUUCGAUCUCUCCAAUACUGCGCGAUCUGUCUAUGAUUAUGCCACUUUUGAGCGUGUUAAGGGUGUUUUUCUGAUCUCAGCACGUCGCCUUGAUCAUACCCUUGACCUGGCCACGGUUUUCCGGCCCAUCCACCAUGUCCCAGAGAACUUUCCCCAACAGCAGCAGUUCGAGCAACAGCAGCCACCACACUAUCCGAUUGCCAGUCAGCAGCGAAAUGGAGGAGGUGGAUCCGCUUCAGCGUCCAGCAAAUUGAUACCAGAGGCAGGCUCAACGGCUGCAGCGCAUGUCGCUUAAUUGGAACACAUUAAAUGGAUUUUUCCCAGGUACUUUCAAGAGAAUGGAUAAAAAAAAAUGUUGCAACCAAAAGAUAAAUAAUAUGUCCAACAAAUGUUAAAUCAGAACAGGAAUUCUUGUAAGUUGAAAUUCGGAAGGAUAAGCGUAAAAAAAAACGAUUGGAGCAGAGUUUCAAAUAUACUUGAAUGCAU